GAUGCUGGUCCGCUCGCCGCUGUUUUGCAGGGAGUCAGUAGCUUAUUGCUGAGCAACGGAGGAAGAGAAGGCCACCGCAUAGAGCCAGACUGAACUGCAGCAACGACAGGGCUGGGCUCCACACGGAGUCACAGAGCAAAAAACAUCUUUAAGGAAAGGGAUGGCGUAGCUGUGUUUUGCUGUCAGUGGUCAAUCUGCAGUGAGCUACCUGGAGCAGAGGAGGUUUGCAUGAGAGGCUGCUGCAGGGUACAAAGAUGAGCGUGACCUCCUGGUUUCUGGUUAGCAGCGGUGGGACUCGCCACCGACUCCCACGGGAAAUGAUCUUUGUCGGCCGGGAUGACUGUGAGCUCAUGCUACAGUCGCGCAGUGUGGACAAGCAGCAUGCUGUCAUCAACUAUGAGCCUGGGACUGAUGAACACAAGGUUAAGGAUCUGGGCAGUCUGAAUGGGACCUUUGUAAACGAUGUCCGCAUUCAGGAGCAGAUGUACAUCACUCUAAAGUUAGAGGACAAGCUGAGGUUUGGAUAUGAUACCAACCUGUUUACGGUGGUGAGAGGAGAACUCACUGUGCCUGAGGAGGCUCUAAAGCAUGAAAAGUUCACCAUUGGCCUCCAACUCAGCAAGAAACCAUCGACUGGUGAAACCGCUAGCACCACAGCCACAACCAAAUCUCCCAGUAAGACCCCAACAAAGGCACAUAGAUCCCCCAGCCACACUAAAUCAGGGGAGAGCAAAGUCACGGAUGGGGUCACUUCCUCCAAAGAGUCCUCUGCCAAACCUGUGGACACUCACAAAGCUGAGGAGAGGAUAGUAGGGGAUAUUACAGCACUGCCUCGUGGGACCCCCCUGUAUGGCCAACCGUCUUGGUGGGGGGAUGGGGACGCAGAUGAUGAGAAUUCUUUCAAACAGGAAAACAGGACAUCCACAAAAAAGCAUGACAGCUCCACCUCAGAAAGCAAAGAGGCACAUCGAGGGGAGAAAGCUAAAGAGGGUGGUCUUCAUGCACCCACUGCCCAUGAUUCCAGUUACUUUGAGAUUCCCACCAUGGAGGGUCACAUGGCCAGUAACGGCAUCCAUGAGAUUCCUACCAAGGACACUGAGGGCACAGCCAGUCACAUCACUACAGCUCAAGGUCACGCCUCCUUUACCAUAGAGUUUGACAACACGUCUCCAGGGAAAGUCACCAUUAAAGACCACGUGUCAAAGUUCACGCCCGAUCACCACAGAUCUCGCUCCAAGAAGAGUGGAGCAGGAAGUGGAGGCGCAGGAGGAAGGGACUUGAGUACCCUACAGGCUGCUAUGAUGGCAUCUGAGAGCAAAGUAGCUGAUUGGCUAGCCCAGAAUGACCCCACUCUUGUGCGCAGCGAGUCGACAGAGGAUGACAGCAAGAGCAGCAAGAGCAUCAAGAGCGAUGUGCCAGUUCAUCUGAAAAGACUGAAAGGCAGCAAACAUGAGGAUGGCACCCAGAGCGACUCAGAGAAUGGGCUGGGGCUGCGUUUUGCCAACAGACGCCAUGCUUUAGAGGAACGCCUAAAAGCGUCACACAGCCACGUGGGAGCAGGAGGAUCUGGAGAAACAGGAGGGGGCAACAUAACAGUCAGUGGGACCAGAACAACUGGGACUCGUACUGCUUUUAUGAUCGAGUUCUAUGAUGAGGAAAAUCCUCGCAAGCGCCGGUCAUAUUCAUUUUCCCAGACCGCACCCCUGCUGGGAGCAGGAGUUGGUGGAGAGGGACUCUGUCCUCAGCCUCCUUCUCACCCCAAGGUGUUUAGCAUUUCCACCUCGGCCACAACAGCCUCAGACUCAGGUAAGGUCCCAGCCCCAAUACCAGCUACAGUGACUGUAGGUGCCCCUACAGCUGCCCGAGUGCUUCUUAAACAGAGGUCAGAGGACCCAAGUAUUGGUCGGAGCUCGGCCAGUACCGGGCUGGCGACAGGUAGCCCCACCACCCCCAGUGAGGACACAUCAAUUGUGGGCAGAGGUGCAAGUACAGCUGGUGUGGAGGCAGAAGACGACCACAGUGAUAAAGGUACCUACACCAUCGAACUGGAAAACAAGAACCCGGAGGAAGAGGAGGCCAGGCGAAUGAUAGACAAGGUGUUUGGUGUGCAGCAGAACAAAGACUCAUCGAUUCUGUCAGACCUGAAAGGAGAAGGAAAAGGAAAGGAGGCAGGACAGAGUGGAAAAGAGGCUCUCCCUGGUGAUUCUAGCUGGGUCUCUCAGUGGGCCAGCAUAGCAGCCAAUCACACAAGAACCGACCCAGAGGGUUCAGGAGCAGAAACAGGCAGUUUCCUGCACAAAGAGAGAGGUGCUAAUACUGUUGAGUCUGGUGCCUCCCUCAGCAGAGGCGAAUCCUCGUCCAGUCUGACUGACCGUAAGCGUAGGACCCUCCCUCAGCUCCCUGUGGAUGACUCCCGGGCUAAAUCCGCUACCCAGACUCUGAGGUCAGAGAUUGGGGAAAAGCAGGAUACUGAACCUCAGGAGAAAGAGAACAAGGGAGACGGGGAGUCCCCGACUCCCAUGGAGAACAGCGAAAUGACUAGUAAACGGAAACAAAGUUCCACCUCCUCUCCAUCUAAGGGUUCUCUCCGGACCUCUGGAAGCACUGAGAGGAGGAAGAAGUCAGAGGAGAGGAAAGGAGGAGCAGGAGGAGCAGGAGAAGGAAGCGAGAAGUCUGGAAAGCCUCUAGUCCGCCAGGGCAGUUUCACAAUUGAGAAGCCCAGUGCCAGCGUCCCUGCUGAGCUCAUCCCACGUAUAAACAGAGGCUGCAAUGGGCGUGAACGCAGUGAUUCUGUAGGCAGCAUGGAUACUGCAACUCUCCUGAAGGACACUGAAGCUGUCAUGGCUUUCCUAGAGGCCAAACUAAGAGAUGAAAACAAACUAGAUCAGAAAAGUAGUAAAGCUGGCAUCACUGCUCAGGGUUCAAGUUCAGCCCUCCUCCCUCGGACUGACUCUAUCUCUCCUGAGUCAGAUGUGGACACAGCCAGCACAGCUAGUCAUGUGGCUGAAUCGGCAGAUAAGAAAGCAGCAGCCAGUGUACAAAAACGGCGUUCCCUCAGCAGCAUGCACCGGGAGAAAAGCAAUAUGAGCACAGCUUCCAAAACCAGCAUCACAAAUCCCAGUGCUCGUGAACGGUUGGAGAGAAAGACUAGAACCAGGCCAGUCGAGGCAACGAGCCGGACUGAUGCACGUCGCUCUGUUCAGCCAUCUUCUGCCUCCUCCAGAGCACGGCAGCCCUCUGCAGAUCUCACUGAUGACGACCAGACUUCAUCCUUUCCCAUCUCCGACAUCCUCUCCUCAGACCAGGAGACCUACUCUGGACCUCUGGGGCACUCAACACACGGACGCGGCUCAGAUGAUGUCUUGCAAUCCAAACUUGAUAGGUCUGCAAAGACAUCUGCCAGUGGUUCUUCCAAAACCAGCCGGACUCUUCAUGCAGCCACAGCCUCCUCCUUGAGCAAGCAAGCCUCACUGCCUCAGCCGCGACCCACAAGAGCUUCUCUUCUCCGUCGUGCUCGACUGGGAGACACAUCUGACACGGAUCUAGCUGAUGCAGACAGGGUGUCUGUGGCUUCUGAGGUGUCCACCACCAGCUCCACCUCAAAACCGCCAUCGGGCCGGAAAGGGAUGUCACGGCUGGAUUUGCUGGCGCAGCCGCGAAGAAACCGUCUGGGCUCCAUCUCAGCCCGCAGUGACUCUGAGUGUACAGUGAACCGAAGCUCCACCUCUUCACCCCGGCUAUCAUCUGAGACUGCUCUGCGUCUGGGCUUGCGCUCAUCAACACCCACGGAGAACAAGCUGACACCCAGAAUGAGAGCCAACAGCGUGUCCAAACUGAAUGAAGCCAAAACCAAGACCACUACAGCGGGGUACUGCUCGCCCACAGAGAGCUUUCAACCCGAACCUCCAGGUGGUGAUACAGAGGAGGAGCUAAUGGUGUCCAGCAGCAGCAGGUGGAGACGUCUGCCACCAGAGUAUGGUUCCACCUCGGAGGAAGAGUUCGGCUCCAAUCGCAAUUCUCCGAAACGGCCCCACGUGCGAUCUCAUCACAUCGUCCCACACCGCAACUCCAGACUCAGCGCCAUUGUGAGCCCAGUUGGGGUGACGGGCCCAGGUGGAGUUGGGAUCAAACACCGCAUGAAAGAGCAAGAGGAGUACAUCAGGGACUGGACAGCACACAGCGAGGAGAUAGCCAGGUUAUUCCCCUGUGUGCGCAGGAUCAGCCAGGACCUGGCUAAGGACUUGGCCAUCUUGGCUCGUGAAAUCCACGAUGUUGCCGGCGAGAUUGACUCAGUCAGCUCAUCCGGCACAGCACCCAGCACCACAGUCAGCACUGCUGCCACCACUCCAGGAUCGGCCAUUGACACUCGGGAAGAGGUAGGCCCUGCACGUCCCACGCAGCCGGAUAUACAGGACAGCAUGAAAAAGUUGGUUGAUCGGGUGUUUGAUGAGAGCCUCAACUUCAGGAAGAUCCCACCUGUGAUUUCAACUAGUAAGCCACCAGAGAUAAACGGUAAACCAGCAGAGCUCCGGCCCCGUGCUCCUGACAACUUGGAGCCUCGAGCUUUAAGAAGACGCACCUGGAAUAGAGAGGAGGCCGUGUUAGACAGCCUGCUGCUCCAUUCAGUUUCCCAGCUGUCCACCAAGAUCAGGCACUCCAUUGACAAAACAGCAGGAAAAAUAAGGAUUUUGUUUAAGGAUAAGGACAGGAACUGGGAUGAAAUUGAGAGUAAACUAAGAUCAGAGAGUGAAGUACCACUCCUUAAAACUUCCAACAAGGAAAUUUCUGGUAUUCUGCUUGAACUGAAGAGAGUCGAAAAGCAGCUUCAAGUGAUCAAUGUGAUGGUAGACCCAGAUGGGACUCUGGAUGCCUUGGCCAGCCUCAGCCUGACCAGCCCCACAACCCCUACAAAGCCCCAAGCCGCCAAAUCAACUCCCACCUCUGCUACCAGCCCUGGGUCGGCACCCCCAGCCAAAGAAUCACUGCCGGAGAUACUUCCAGGGUCUGGAGGUUCAGCAGCAGCCUCCGCCAGGGUUCAGACUUCUUCUGCCAGCACGGAGGAGAAAGCACACGACACCAGCAUGGGUUUGGGUAAAUCGGCAGUCGGAGGUCUUAGCUUCAGCCGGAUCCGGCCGAGCGGAGAGGAGGCCAUCGCCCAGAAGUAAAGUUUGGUUUAUGUGAACAACAAAUGGAUUGGAGUGCCAGCGGCUGGUGAUCCAUGUAGAAACAUUCAAACUGUUUUGUUUGUUUAUUUGUUUAUGACAGAACAAUGGCCAUUCUGAGACUAUACCAGUCUAGGAUUAUAGCAUAAUAUAAAAAAAAAAAAGAUCUCCUCACCAAUUGAAGUGCUUCAUCUGACGUUUAGACUCCCCCCUCUGACCCUCAGCUGAUACAUCAUGAGUUAACCAUGAACAGAAAUUGACCCGUGAAUGAAAGACUGACAUUUCAACUUUGAACUGUUCAAGCUGGCCGGCUGACAUGACGGUCCCGGUCGGGUGCUCUCUCAGUGGACAGAUUUCUGUGGGCGUACAGUCUCCUCCAGUCCUCUUGCCUUCUCCGUGUGUCUGGACCCCUUCUACACUAAGGACAUGCCUUAAAACAUAACCUCCAUAGUAGCAGCAUGACCCCGUAUCCCUUCUACUUCAAAGACUUUUAACACUUUCAUGACAGACUGCAUUGUAACAUAACACUUGCAAAACAUGUUCUAUUUACACUAGAACAAAAUACAACACCCUGCAAUAAUUUAUUAGCUCCACGCCAGUGCAAAGAAUAUUUCAGCAGCCUUAAAUAACCACCCCGACAAACCACAGUCAUAAAUAGACAUGCUUUAUGCCAGGAACUGCCAAAUUGCAGAUGUUUUAUAUAUUUCCGAAUUGUAACCGUCCAUCGAGCCGUCUCUCAAACUGAUUUGCAGUGCCUCCCCAUCUGUCGGUUCACCUAUUUCUUGUUCGCCUGUUAUGUUCCCCUCUGUCCUCCCCAUUUUUUCCUCCUUGUAGCUGGAAACAUGUUUGUCAGAGCAGUAGCACAUGCAUGAGAGAGCCGAGUGUUUUCUCCCUGCAAGCUAGCGCCUGGGUUGCUCUCAACAAUACUGAAUAGUGGUUUUACUCAGUAGUAACAGCCUAAGGGAAACCAAUGAUAAUCACUUACCAAAGCGAGUAUGUUUUCAAACGGUAAAAAGUCACCAACUGAUAUUGCAGUUCAUCUUAACGUGAUCUGGUCUGCAGUUCACCCACCUCUCUGAAUGUCAAAACCCAGUCUCUGUUAGCAAAUCAAGGAUUCAAGAAGAUUAUUUAUUAUAACGAAUCAUUAUUUUAAUAAUUGCAAACAGAUAUUUCUGGCCCCUGUGAGAAUCUAUGCCUAAGUGUCUUUAUGAUUUCCAAUUGGCUUUUUCUCCGCUUUGUUUUUUCAAGUCACAGAUUGACUUCUGUUUCAAAUAGCAACAAAGAAGGUCACUGUUUAAACCACUGUUUUAUAUUUAGACGCUUUUUUUAUGAUUUGACUUGUUCGUUUUCUUUGUGCAUACAAAAUCUGAACUUGAAAAAAGCUGCUGGGUUAGUUUCAAUUAAUGUGCUGUCAAAACAAUAUGGGCACCUCACAAGAAGCCUUUUUAUGGUUUAAAAUAUCGAGUCGUUGAAUUGAUUAGAUAAUUACAAAAUAAGCUCCCCGUCUGUGAAGAUUUAAUGAAUUUUGCUUGUGUAUAUACAGAAGGUGCAUUGUUAUCUUACUGAUACUGUGGAAUUUCAGUAUAAUUAACCUCUUACUCAUUGACUUUGCUGCUUUUGUAGUUACUUUAUGGGGACUAACCAUUUUCUGAAUCUCUCUCCAGCUUAUAGUCUGUGUACUAGAAUAAGACAACUUAAAGGCAAGUUUAUUAGUACUUAGAUGCUCAUGGAAUAGUGAAUUAGGUACCACAAUACAUGUUCAUUUCCUUCUCUAUACCGUACUGUACAAUGUUUUUCAAUGCCUCAAAGUGCCCGUUUUGAAGCUGAGGGGCAUUGAUUACAAGAAGAAAAAAAGACGUAGUCGUCUAAAGAAGAUUUAUCUGGUUUUGCACAUCAGAUUGUGGUGUUUUUUCAUGCAGAAGUAGUCAAAGGCUGCAUCAGAUGAGCGAUAUCACUUAGCCUGAUAUCAGACGUGACUGCCUUGCCUCUCUGGAACUAUUCUGCCUGUACAAAAAAGAAGAAGAAGAAGAAGAAGCCUCUAAUUGUGUUUUUAUUUUUUAUUUUCUCCCAUUUUAUCAGAAAAAAUAGAAAUUGGGGGACUGUGAAUGCUAGGUACAGGCUUAUUUUUUAAAACUCUACAUGUGUCAUCUGCUCAGUGUUCUUUGUAUUUUUUUUCUUGUUAUUUUUGUAAAGAAAAAAAACCCAUUUUAUUUAUUUUAAUUUUUUUUGUUUUAAUAUGUUGUGGAUGUUUCAUGCAUUUUAUAUUUGUUCAGUUAUCUGCAUUGGUUCUUACUGUUAAUAAAAAAAGAGCCAUACA